UAAUAAUAAAAAGAAAUAAAUAUAUAAAUGUAAGGGAAAAAAAAAAAUUCAUUCACCGGGCCAAGUGAAAGAUAUCAAAGUAAAUCGUCGUACGAACACGAUCUGUGUACUCUUUAUAAAUAGAGAGAGAGAGAGAGAGAGAGAGAGAGAGAGAGAGAGAGAGAGAGAGAGGAAGAACAUAGAUAGUGAAUUGAAUAGAAGAAGAAAUAGAAGAGAAACGGACGGUAGCAGGAAAGGAAGAACGCGCGAGCGGAAGAGAUUUGAGCGUGGCGGUUGUUCCGAGAAUACGCGGAAGCGAGAAAGGAAAAGAAAAAAAGAAGGAGGAGAAAGAAGUGGAGGAGGAGGAGGAGGAGGUCUAGAAGGAGUAAAGAGGAGUGAAGAGGAAAGAGGAGGUAUCAGUUAGUCUGCCGUCUCGUUCAUCUCAUCCAGUUCGGUUCACGUUCGUGUUCGGUCGCGUGCAAAAGAAGAGAGACAUAUAUUUAUAUACACGCACACGCACACACACACACACACACAGACGCCCCUCCGAGACUCGCGUGGCUACCCUCCGCGACCGCACCUGUCUCGAACGAGCGCGCGCGCAAACUCGUAACACGCACGCAUACACGUAGACACGGGAUCUCUCUCACACGACACUAAACGACACAACAUCACAACGUAGACGACAGCAACCAACGACGAUUGAAGAGCAAAAGAAGAAGAUAGAUAAAGAGAGUGAAAUAAAGAGAGCUAAACGGAGAAAGGGUAACAAAGAGAGAGAAAGAGAGAGAGAGAGAGAGAGAGAGAGAGAGAAACAGACAGAGACAACCAACAUCUACCAACAGCAGCAGAGAAUACGAAGAAUCUCUUCACGAUGUCGCGUUGGGAGUCCGCGAAGUGUGUCGUUGCUAUUUUAAAGUAGUACGUAUGUAUAUUCCGAGACUCACGGAGGACGUACGAUCCGUUUCGUUCGUCCUCGGUCAGAAAUUCUUAGACGAGAGUGCUUCCUAGAGAGAAGAAUUUAAUAGAGCCAAGAGUUUUUUAACGAGACAGCUACGAAAAAUGAUAAAAUUAGUGGAAUCAAUUGGAUACGUUAUGUUACAACAUGAAAUACGUAUGUACUUGCUUACAUAUAAGACUUUAAUCGCCGCUCGGCAAUGUUUACUUACAUUACGAUAAGACAGACGGAUAAGAAAACGGCUAUGGACAUUGUAAAAAGAUAAUCUUCGAUUUUGUCGACAAAAAGGUAAAGACGGAGACAGAGACAGAUAGAAAGACAGAGAGAGAGAGAGAGAGAGAGAGAGAGAGAGAGAGAGAGAGAGAGAGAGAGAGAUAUUACGUUGUAAAUAAAGAAAAAAAAAAUCUAAAGGAGUGAAGUUUAUACGAGUCUAAUGAAAUCAUCGUGCAAUAGUGUUGUUUUGUUACAUACGCGUAUACACACACAUACACAGACACAUAUAUAUAUUUGUUGUGUUGGAAAAAUAGUGAGACAUAAUAAUGUAUGGGAUCGAGAGCGCGUGCGCGUUGACGUGCGUGUUGGCGCACGUCAAACAAGAUCACGCUACGAGAUAAUUACGACGACAAGUCGUCCCUGUGGAUGAAUGAACGUGACCCGUACAUUUUUUUCUACUCGACGUGAAGAAGAAAAAGGCAAAAGAAGAGAAGAAGAAGAAGAAGAAGAAGAGGACGAAGAAGAGGAGAAGGAGAAGGAAGAAACAUUAGCAACGGUAGCGACGACGAAGGGUGGGAAAGAAGAAAAAGAAGGGGAAGGAGAUGGAAGAAGAGAAACGUUACGCGUCUUUGUAAGAGAGAAAAAGAAGAAGAAGAAAAAAGAAAAAGAAGAGAAGGUGGAGGAGGAAGAAGAAGAGAAUAGCGGUUUUCAUAGCGCAGAUUUAUUCGCAACGUGCCAACUGUGUACACCUUCGUGAUAUAAGGCGAGUGCCAACUACUGCUACUACUUUCGAAUAAAUACACGAUUAAACACAAACAAACAAACAAACAGAAAAUCCAAGCACACACACACACAAAAUCAAAACAAAGAGGACCAUUCGAGAUCAUCUCUUAGAAGGAAGUACGUUUGAAAUAAAAGAAGAAAAAGAAAAAAGAAGAGAUUAUCGAUGUAUAAACGUCGACAUUUUUUUUCGUAUGCGAUCCGAUUAUAUCCUAACAUUUUGAUUUUAUCGUGUAUCGUUCUUGUGUGUUAAUGAAAAUCCGAUGAUUAUAAUGGAAAGGAAAAGUACCGAAGCACGGCCAAAGAUCGAAAUCGUACGUGUCUCAUCCAUCGAACGGCGAAACUUUCGCCCAUUGGAUGGGGUGCAGUUACGUGCUGCUUAUAGUCACGUCAGAGUUGGAAUUUAUUGCCCGGAAUCGGAAACAACGAAACCCGUCGUUUGCGACACCAAACCACCGAUCGAAUACACGAGGAAAUUUAAAAAAAAUUUGGGACCAGUAUCGAGACUGCUGAGACGUCGUCAUCAUGCGACAUGCCUUGCAACCAAAUCCUGUGAUAACAUUUAUACCGUGAAUAGAAAUAGUAAUUCAUUGGACUGGAGACUAGGACAAAGUGGAAACGAGCAAGGGCUACAAUCUCGACAAAGCAGUAGCUUAGACUGGAGAGUCGGAAGAUCCGUCACUUUUGGUUCCAACAAGCUCCAUUGGCGAAAUGCCACUCGUAGUGCUGAACAACUUUCUGCCAAUACUCCGAUCGGUUCUGAUCAUAUUCAAACGCCAAGUACCAAAUCUAAACUCGUAUCGCUUCUUAGACGACUCUCACCUCGUUUAUCACGACCCGGAAGCAAAGGAUCCUUGCAAUCAUCACCGACCAUCUGUCCAUGGGUCCAAGUAGAAUAUUCGACGGAAUCGAUCGAUGCCACCAAACGAGAGGAAUCCCAAGAGAGUGACUUGAGUUUUCAACAGGAAUUACAAUUGAACGAGCUGAGAAAACGAAUGGCAGGAAUCGCUUCUACUUCUCAGGUCAUUACGAAAUCUACGAACGAUAACGAAGAUCAAAUCGUGCCACAUCAUCAUCCAACCUUUCAAGUUCAGGAAUCCAACAACAUCGAUCGUAACGACUGCAUCCAUACAGCCGUGCACGAGGAUCGCGGAGAGGAGAAGCCGUCGUCGAGGGAUCGUCGUCGAUCAAACGUCGAUCACGAAACGACUCGGCGUUGUGGGGUGGGUGGAAACGCCGAGCUACCGGGCCUGGAGGAGUUUGGAGACUCCUGCGUCGCGACGGUGACGUCCUCGGUACCCGGGGCUGGGCUAAGCUCUGGUCGACGCACCAGGCCCCUUUCUCUUGCCGUACAACCUCUCAACUAUCAUCGUCUCGAUCCGGACGCCACAGGCGACGAACUCGAUCAUCAUCUUCUACCCAACAUGACCAGUCAGGAGAGCAUCGGAAGCUGCAGCUUGGACGUCGAUCGUUCCGUCUCCGACCGAUCAGAAAACACCGUAGAUACCGUCUCAGAGAGAACGCUGCACAGUCUUAACUUGUCGUGUAACGGUGAGCCGAUUUCCACGGCGGAAAAUUUGGUGAACGGUAGCAGCGAGACGUUGCAAAAGUCCCAUCUCACUCCCGAUGAUAAGGUAAUCGUCAGCAAUGGUCAUCGUUGCAGUCCCGAGCCAGAACAGCUGACAGCUAAGAAGCCAAGUUACUUGGGAUUGGCUUGCAGUAUUAGCGGUUACUCGGGCAUCACAAGGUACGAUAGUAAAUUGAGAGAAGGUUUCCGAUCGAGAGACAGCAGUCCUGGUACAAGACUGAUCACUAGGGAUACUAGUCCUGCAGGUUUCAAAUCAAACGAGAAUUUAAGUGUUCCGAUACAUCAUUAUCCGCCUAAGAGUCAAUCAAUUUCACCGCUCGCAAUGGAUCGACAAAAUGGUUUCGCUAACGGCAUGAAGGAGGAGUGUAAGAUAGAAACUUAUAGAGAAACGAGAAAUUCGAUGAGUAUAUGUCAGGGCUUCUCCGAGGUCGAUAAAGGGGUAUCCAUACAUGCAACGUUUCCCGACGUAAGCCCCAUUAGGGUAAAUUCUUCCUCGAGAAGGAGUCCUGGGAUCGUACAAGUGAUGUCCUGUGGUCAACAAACGAAAUCCUUUUCUUCAUCGAGCUACGCCGAGUCAUCGCCAAAACCUUCUACGAUAAAUAUUUCAAAUACCUCGUUUAGCGAUACAAGUAUAUUGAACGGUUCGAACGUCGAGAUUGAACAACAAACUACGAAUACCUCUUCCAGCAGUGAAAAGUCCUUCAUUCAGCAACGGGUCGAACGAUUGUACGGUCCUGGAGCUCUCGCACAGGGUUUCUUCUUUAAACGAAGCGUUACUAAGUUAAACGUUACUGACAAUAGUUUCAAUAAAUUUAGUAAUAAUAGCGACAACUCGACGGACAACGUUAACACCGAGGAGUCCUUGAAAAAUUUGCCAGUCCUUAGACAUCUUCGGCCUGAAUUCCGUGCUCAAUUACCUGUGGUCAGUUCUAGAAAACCUACGGACGGUACCGAACAAGUAAUAAAACCAUUGCGAAGGAUAUCGCCAGCUCCACGUAAAACUGAACAACAAUCGAAAAUUUGUAAAACCUCACACGUCUCGGAAAGUGUUGCGGAAUCGUCAAACCAGCACAAUAACAGCAUCGCUAGUAUACCGGAUCAACAACCCGCUGCACCGAAGGUAGUGUUACCUGUUUUAGAAACAAGCGCUAGUUCCAGUAACGUGGCAAAACAAAUGCAGGAAUUAGAGAAAACGACUGAAGAAAAGAACGGACAUUAUUUUUUGAAACUGUUGAAACAAGAAACGGACAGACUUUUGUCAUUAGCUGCGUCAGCGGAAGCCGAGUUAGCCAGUGGCGAUCCCGUUGCAUUACCCGAAGAAGCAGCCGGUAAAUUGAGAUCGGCCGCUGGCAAAGCGAGAUUAUUGGCUUCGCAAAAGAUGCAGCAGUUCGAGGGAUUGUGUCAAAAAAAUAUUAAUCAAGUGCCAGGCGAAGAAUUUCCAACUACGAACGAAGACUUGGCUGGCUUUUGGGACAUGGUCAUGCUGCAAGUAGUUCAAGUUAAUGAACUUUUUGAUCAAAUUGAAAAGUCAAGAAAAUCACAAUGGCAAGAGAUUGUGCCAGAGAAAAAGAGCAAUGUGUCUCUUUCGCAAAAUGGUAAUGCUGCCAAACGCCGAAUAACGCCAGUUCAUAAAAUUAAGCCUACUGCGAACAGCGAAGCCAAUAAAAAGGCACGAGAGGCAAGGGAACAAGCGAGACGACAAAUGAUAGAGGAAAGACGUCGAGCGAUGCGUUCUAAUAUACAAAAUCAAGAUAAUUCGGUGAAAAUUUUUGCUCCCGAAACGUAACGGCGAACAUAAUUCAUUCGAUCCAAGAUUCUUUUCUCUCUUUAUUUUUUUUUUUUUUUUUUUUUUCUUUUUUUUUUCGUUUUUUUUUCUUUCGCCAUUCCCUCCCCUCUCCCAGUAUUUUUUCU